AACGUGGGGUUAUUUACAAGGCUUUUCAAUUUCUGAAUGCGGAAGGGGAGGUGUUCUAGGUAAUACAUUGAAGUAAUAGACUGGGUCAUCAAACAGACAUUGUUAUACCAGAAAAUGCACUUUUUAUCUAAACUUUAAAAACCUAAGGGAAUAGCUUAAUGAAGAAAAUAUACCUGACAGCAGCUAAUAAAAAAGUCUUCAGUGCCAUACGCUCCGCCUUCCCUUCGAGUUUAGGGAUCUGCCACAGAUGUAUGGCAGCGUGCUGAUUGUAAAGAAGUAACCCUCUGCUGGUGCUAGCUGCAGGCUGCAUAGUAGUACUUGGAGUUUGAUUGUAUGGCAGUAAGCAGACUCCCGACCUUUUAUUUUAAAGUAACAUAUCAAUUUUCGUCAUGAGCAAACAACAUCGGAUGGAAACACGUUAGUCAAUCUUCUAUUAAUUCAGUUACAUCAACUAGGCCCCGUAUCAACUCUGAAGCCUUGGUGUUUCCUGAUCCAUGUAUUACCAAUGGUGGUCCGACUAGCACCGGGUACGCUUCAGGAAUACUUACUUCCCGGGGGAAUGAAAUCUCCCAAUACCUGAGGUAGUCAUUGGAAGGUGUAAGAAAAUAACAUCAAACAUGAGUUCUAGAUUUUGUCAGAAUUGUGGCUGCACUGAAAUUGACAUUGACCAGGCUCGUGGAGAUGCUGUCUGUACAGGCUGUGGGUCAGUGCUCGAGGACAACAUUAUUGUGUCUGAGGUACAGUUUGUGGAAAGCAGUGGAGGAGCUUCUUCUGCUGUGGGGCAGUUUGUUUCCUUGGAUGGGCCAGGUAAAGCACCAUCAUUGGGAACAGGAUUCCAUACUACCCUCGGAAAAGAAUCUAGAGCUCAGACCCUGCAGAAUGGCCGGCGCCAGAUAUACCACCUUGGUAAUCAGUUACAACUUAACCAACAUUGUCUUGACACAGCAUUCAAUUUCUUCAAAAUGGCAGUUUGCAAGCAUCUGACUCGUGGAAGAAAGAUGAAUCAUGUGAUUGCAGCUUGCCUUUACCUGGUCUGUAGAACAGAAGGCACACCUCAUAUGUUGCUGGAUCUCAGUGAUCUUCUUCAGGUGAAUGUCUAUGUUCUUGGAAAAACAUUCCUCCUGUUGGCCCGAGAGCUCUGCAUAAAUGCACCUGCAAUAGAUCCAUGUUUGUAUAUUCCUCGUUUUGCUCACAUGUUGGAAUUUGGUGAUAAGAGCCAUGAAGUGUCAAUGACAGCUCUAAGACUGUUGCAGAGGAUGAAGAGAGACUGGAUGCAUACAGGACGCAGGCCCUCAGGACUCUGUGGAGCAGCUCUUCUAGUGGCAGCCCGAAUGCAUGAAUUCCGGCGCACUGUAAAGGAAAUCAUCAAAGUAGUCAAAGUUUGUGAAUCUACAAUUCGUAAAAGGCUUACAGAAUUUGAAGAAACACCUUCAAGCCAACUCACAAUUGAUGAAUUUAUGAAGAUCGACUUAGAUGGAGAGUGUGAUCCCCCUUCAUUUACAGCUGGUCAGAGAAGGGUUAGAUUACAGCAGCUGGAACAAGAACUGGCAAAAAAGCUUGAAGAUGUUGAAAGUAUAUCACUGGAUGAAAUAGCAAGCUACCAGGAUGAAAUAGAGUUGGAACUGGAAUGUAGUCGACCAAAGUUAAAAGGACGAUAUGCGUCUUAUGCCAAGGAUGAUCCCAGUGAUGAUUCGAGUCUGAUAGGAGAUGAUGAUGUCAUUGAUGAAGAACUUCAAGCUGCUGCCGAUCACAUGAACAAGGACCUAUAUGAUGAAGUUAUUAACCAUGGAAAAGAAAUCGAGUCUGUGCUAAACAACAAAGUAAUUUCUGUUCAGCCGCCUGCAAUAACAUCUUUGCUUGGUCCUCUUCCCACUGCUGCAAGUCUAGGCAUUACCGAAUCAAUAAAAGAAUGUAUAGCAACUGAUGAGCAAAAUAAUUGCACUGCUACAGACGGUGAACUAGACCUUAGUGGCAUUGAUGACUCUGAAAUUGAAAGGUAUAUCUUGGAUGAGAAAGAAUCUGCAUUAAAGACUGAGAUGUGGACAAAGGAAAAUGCUGAUUAUCUGAAGGAACAGAAGGAAAAGGAAGAAAGAAUAGCAAAGGAGAAGGAGCUUGGAAUUUAUAAAGAACAAAAGCCCAAAAGGAAUUCAAAAAAACGUGAGCCAAUUCAUGCCAGCACGGCAGGAGAGGCAAUUGAAAAAAUGCUGGAACAAAAGAAGAUUUCAAGCAAAAUCAACUACGAUGUACUGCGAGAUCUGAACAGCAGAAUAAGCAGUCCAUCACCUCAUGAAGAAAAAACAGGAGAUAGCACUAAAAGACUGUCAAAGCGGAAGAGUAACAGCAUCAUUAAUGCCAGCAGUGUGGGCAAAAGACUGAAACCUUUGAUAACCCAACAACCUUCUACGAAGUUUGCAACUGAACAGCCUUCAUCUUCUGUUUCAGGCCCAGUUAUUGUUGAAGUGGCCAAUCCAGUUGGUGUAGUGGUAGAAAGUGGGCCAGUAACAUACAUUAAUGAAGAUUAUGCUGAAGAAGAGGAGGAGGAUGAGGAGGAAUUUUGUGUCAGCGCACUACAGUUGAUUGGAGGAAAUGAUUAUGGCUGUGAAGUAGAUGAAGAUUACGGUUAUUAACAUCAACCUGCAGCACAGGCUUUAAACUCAUUUCAUGUUCCUUAAUCGAAAAAAAUAAUUUAAUGAGGAGUGAAAGGAUACAAAAGAAAUUUUAUUGCAGCACUGUGGAUCACCAUUUGCAUUCAGAAACAACAAAAAAAUUAUAUAUUUGUAAUUUUUGAAGAAACCAGCAUUUGGUGCCGAUACAAAAGAGCAUAUUUCUCAGCAGCUGUGUAUCAUGAGCUUCUCAUUUUCACGAUAAUUGCACUUCUUAGUUGAGAGAUGAAUCACCCUUUGUAUUGUGAUACAAAAAUAUUUUACAUACUUGAGGGUCUUGAAGAAUCAAGCAUUUGGGAUGGAUUUUAGACAGCAUAUUUCUCAACCACUGUUUGCACAGAAAGUAUGCUAAGUUUACUUCUCAUUUUCACAACAAUCGUUUUCCCAAGUGACACAAAAAAAUUCUUUGAAAAUGAGAAGAGAAGUAUUGCAGAAUAAAUGUCAUCUGCAGUGUAUUCAUGAACGAUAGUACUGGCGAGUUUAAGAUGAACUAGAGGCUAACUUGGAUCGAUCUUGCCAGACUUGUGCUUGAGUACUUACGGUUAUGAUACACAGUUGUACUUUGACAGUAUUUAUUAUGUACAUAAUACUUUCUGUUGGCAUAGAAGUUGCUGUUUUGGCAACAGUGUUAUUUCUCACGUUUUGGUGAAAGUUAUAUAUUUUGCUUUUACAUAGUAAGAAUUCGAAACAUUCAGUUUGAAAGCAGCAUUGCUAACAUUGAUCUUGGAUGUACACUGAAGAACACAUUCAGUUUCAGCAUAAAUUAUAGAACCCAUUGACUUUACAGCUUAAUCAGUGCUAUACAGUCUAACCAGAUCACUUUCUUGUAGAUUAACUAGGACAAUACUAAAAUAUAUCAACUGCCCCAACUGUAGUAAGCACAUAGCCGCCUCUGUUUUCAAGUGCACACUGUUCUUUGCACUUGGAUACGUGACAAACAGCAUUUUAAAGUCACUGCAAUGUUUUUGGUCAUUAGCUUUAACUCUUGAACCUUUUCAUAACCUAUUCAUGUACAGAAUCGUAAACAAUUUUCUUGUGCAACCUAAAUAACAUAGUUCUGGUUGAAAGUACCAGGUCCAUUUGGGUCAUUAAUGGGCAGCAUUACUAACAUGAGCUUGUAAGUAAUUUAAAGUACACUUUUCAGAGAGUUUUUUUUUAUCUUCUAGAAUAUCAUUCAGUCACCUUGUUGAUAACUGCUUCUCUCUGAAGCCAGUUAAGUGCAGAUUGAUUUUGAUCAAACAAAUCUUUCUGGUUUUUGAAAUUAUAAUUUUUCACAAGUUACUGCGACCUUGGUGUUAGUUAUUUUUAAAUGGGGGUGUUGUGACCUUUCCUUACAUGGGGAGUGGAAAGAAUAAAACUCUACUCAAAACAGUCAGCUUCAAGGAAGCAGUUGGCAAGAAAAACUAUCAUGAGUAUGGUGUACUACAUUUGGUGACAUAAUAGUGCUUGAAGGGCUUUCCAUUUGUAUACAUUCUGAUCUACUGUAAUAUAAAGUUGCUAAUUUUUAUUUAUUUUUAUAUUGCCCAUUCCAUAUUAAUUUUAAACUCAGGUGGUCAUACAACAUGUCGACAUUUAAAAUGAAGUUGUACAGAUUCAGUUAAAGAUGGUCUUACUGAGAUGUAAAUAUGUUACUGUAUCAUUGCCUGUAUUUACAGCUGUACAAAGUACUCUGGAUCAGUUCAUAGUAAAGUGUUUAUACAUGCUACACGUCAA